CAGGCAGGCAGGCCGGCCGCACUCUCCGUCCGUCACCGAGCAGGGAUGGCGGCCGCCUUGGGCGCCCUCUCUUGUCUGUCGGCGCUGUGUCUGGCCGCCGCCGCUCCAGCAGAAAAUGCCGCUGAUGUUACAGGUACCAACGCAGGUGUGACAUCGGUUACCCCAUCUCAGAGUGAGCAGGGUAGUCAUCCCACCAGUGAAAACGUCAUACCACUGCUCAGCCAGUUCACUGGUCAAGACCCCUUGGAAGCAGAGUGGACGGACGCGGCAGGCAGCCCCCGGCAGAAGCGCACCUUCUUCUGCAAGAAGUGCGGCUACGGCGGCGGCUACGGCGGCCACGGCGGCUACCGGCAGGCGUACGCCGUCGUGGUGCCGGUGCGGCUGCUGGUGGUGCAGCCGCGCCCCGUCUACUACCGCCACCGACCGCGCGGCGGCUACUGCGACCCGUGCAGCCGCAGGGGCCACUACGGCGGCGGCGGCGGCGGCGGCUCCUACGCCGAGUCCUUCAGCUACAGCCGCUCCUACAGCUACGGUUAAUGGAAAUGAGCCAGCAACAUCAUUGUCAACUGACGCUAAUACGCUCAUUGUUGCCGCACACUUUUUCCAUUGUUACUUCGUUCAUAUCCCGGCCGUAGUGCAACUGUCGAGACUUCCACUGGGCAAGACAGGAACUGUGCACGGUUUGCUGAGAAAACGGACUGAAGUGUGUAUCUGAAAGACAGGUGGAAAAGUAUCAAACACGUCAGAAUUUAAUUUUUAAUACAUGAGUUCUAUGAAAUUAUGUUGAAAACAGUGCGAGGAACUUUCUAUAUAAAUUAUGUAUUGAUUAUGCUUCCUUACA